AUGUCAAUUAGUUCAGUUAUUAAAGAUAUUAAAGGACGUCUUGAUGGAAAAACUGCUAUAAUUACUGGUGCCGGAAGCGGAAUCGGUUACGAAACUGCUAUUCUAUUUGCAAGAGAAGGUGCCAAUGUUGUUGUCGCUGAUAGUGAUCUUAAGGCGGCUGAAGCUUGUGUGGAAAGGAUAAAGGAAAAAUUCCCAAUUCAUGUCCGAAAACAUACUCUUGCUUAUAAAGUGGAUGUUACUAAAGAAGAGGAAGUAAAGAAAUUGGUAGAAGCUACUUUGAAAGAAUUUGGGAAACUUGAUAUAAUGUUCAAUAAUGCAGAUAUAAUUCAUCCUCAUGAUGAUAAUUGUUUAAACACUGAUGAGAAAGUCUGGGAUGUUACAAUGAAUACGAACGUCAAGGGUGUUUGGUUUGGUUGUAAAUAUGCUAUUGAAGCAAUGCGAAGAAAUUCUAAUAGUAAAGGAAGUAUUAUUAACUUGGCGAGUUAUACCGGUUUCUUGGGAUCAGCAACUCCUCAAAUAUCUUAUACUGCUUCCAAGGGUGCUGUUAUUGCUUUGAGCCGUGAAUUAGCCGUUACUCAUGCUCGUGAAAACAUUCGUGUCAAUACAUUAUGUCCUGGACCAUUACGUACUCCAGAAUUGAUGAAUUUACUUAAUACUGAUGAUAAAAAGAACAGACGUCUUUGUCAUGUGCCAAUUGGACGAUUCGGUGAACCAAUUGAAACUGCCCAGGCAGCCGUAUUCUUGGCAUCAGAUGAAUCAUCAUAUAUUACAGGAACUGAAAUAAAGAUUGAUGGAGGUCUCACCGCUGCAUAUGUGACUUCCGAGGAUGCUUGUACGAGCUUACCGCCAAAGAACUAUUUCAAAACU